AUGGCUAAAUCCUCAGAUGAUAAGCAGUACGACUACUUGUUCAAACUUCUACUUAUUGGUGAUUCAGCUGUUGGGAAAACAAGCCUUCUUCUCCAGUUUGCCGAUAAUCAGUUCAACCACACCUUUAUAGCAACUAUAGGCAUUGACUUUAAAGUCCGUACUAUAGAACUUGGAGGGAAGAGAAUUAAGUUGCAGAUAUGGGACACCGCUGGUCAGGAACGUUUCCGAACCAUAACGACGGCUUACUAUCGUGGUGCAAUGGGUAUCAUGCUGGUUUACGAUAUCACUAAUCGACGUUCUUUCAGCAAUAUCACUACAUGGAUGAAUAAUAUCAGUCAACAUGCUAAUCCGAAGGUAUCGAAAAUGCUACUUGGAAAUAAAUGUGAUUUCGAUCAUUUUAGAGAAGUAAAAAAAGAUGAUGGCGAAGCGCUUGCCAAUGCAUAUGGCAUCCCUUUUAUGGAGACCAGUGCUAAAACGAAUAUUAAUGUCCAAGAUGCGUUUAUGACAUUGACUCGAAAUAUAAAAACCAGGAUUGAGCAGGAAGUAGACCAUAAUAACCUACCUAGAGAAGAUACUAGAAAUAUAAACAGCAAGCGAAUCAAACGUCCAUUGUGGCGAUGUUCUAUUUUGUAA